UAGUUAAAAAGGCGGGAGUCGGGAGCCCUAGCGAUUGGAAUUGUCGAAACUUGAAAGAGGGAGACCAAAUAAAGAUUCAAAUUCCAUGGGGAGGGAACCAUAGUUUUUAGUCUCAAGUUUCGAAAUUUUGCGCGUAGAUGGAAUCAGAUGGGCAACGAGCUUCGUCGAACCCUUCGGCCAUGCUUGCAUCUUUAAUGAGCAAGAGAGAAAAGCUUCACCUAGAGCUUCGAAACAUAGAAAAGCAGGUCUAUGAAUUAGAGACAAGCUACUUACAAGAUUCAAAUCAGUGUGGGAAUGUAUUGAAAGGUUUCGAAUGGUUCCUAUCAUCUUCCAAGAGCACAACCAACCUGAAGCGGUCUAGGAAGUUCCAGCCUGAAGAUAGGCUUUUCUCAUUGUCUUCAGUUACCUCACCAGCAGCUGAUGAACAAUUAGUUGGAAGAGAUGGAAUGUCUUUUCUUUCUUUUGUUUUGUUAGAUGGAAGGUCAGAUUUUGGUCCAAGACGGUCAAAGGGCGGAGGUACACCUGCAAAUGGACAGGGAAAACCAAAGAAGGGUAGAACAGCCCCAAGGGAUGGAAAGAGAUUCCGACCAUCCAGUGAACAUGAUCUUGAUGAGGAAGAUGAUCCUGAUUUGAGCUUGAUGUAACUACCUUCGUGGGGUGAGCUACUGAAAAUUUCAACAAAUUAGAGGUGGAAUAGGAUUUAUUUGCUCUCUAACCCAUUCCCAGCUAGAGAAGGUUCACGUGAAGGAAGUUCCUUUCUUAUGUCUAGUGUAGAAUUUAUUUUUUCAAGACAGUAAUCUUUCUAUUUUAGCUAAUUAUUGAUGGCUGAAGUGAUGAUUUUGUAAACAU